AUGGGAUCGACAGUAUCCCAAAGCGUUGAUCUUCCUGUGGCGGCGCCGUCUCUCAGCGGCGAACAGCAGGAGGACGACGCUUCAGCACCAUCACUCAGCUCAUCAGCAGAGCGCCAGAGCAGCAGCGAACAGUCACCGACCUCCAUAUCUACUGACCACAAGAAUACGCACUCCCACCACUCCCGCAGUACCAGUAGAAGGGAAAACAACCAAUCUUGUUCCCGCACAUUGUUCUCUUCCCGGCCCAGGGCUCUAUUUCAUCCUCGGUCACACGAAGAAAUUUAUGCUGAGCAGAACUAUCUGAGCCUCACUUUGCAGGCACACGUCGCCCAACAUUGCGAUUUGAUGAACAGAUAUUCGUUGACCGAGGCCGAAUCGUUUCAAGGAGAGUCAAGGAAGUGCAAGCGACGGGCCAGAAAGGAGCUGGGACUUUUGCGUGGUCAACUGAUCCACGCUGCUGAGCAAGAGCAAAUCAUUUUUGCUAGAUUGGGUGAAUUAUUUGUCGAAGCGAAAAGCCGAGAGACCUGGAAUGUGGCACAGAACCAGCGUUGGCAAGAUUCUCGCGGUCUGAGACGCCAUUCUCACCCCCAGAAUCACUACGAGUUGCAACAAUCAAUAUCGAGACUAAACGGUGCAACCCCGGCAUUUAUUCCUCAAAAAGGUCUAUUCAGCCAUCAAGAAUACGACGAGGACGCUGCGAGCCCUACCGACAUGGGCCAAGAUGAUAGAGAGGUGUCUGGAAAUGGCCCGGGCGAACUGCUCGAGCCUAAUGACGACGAGUUCGAGCAGCAAAGACCUCUACUACGCAGAAUGACAGGAGAUGAUUAUACUUCACUACUCAAAAAAGACAGGAGGCUUAGCUUGCCCACUAGUUUGGGGUUGACGUGA